GGUCCGGGGGAGAGGGAUAUAAAGCCGGAGCGGGAGGAAAGCGGUGCUGAGCUGGGGGAGCCGCGAUGGAGCUGUGGAACGUGUCCACCUCGGAGCUGGACGGCUGGGUGGCCGCCACCCUACAGCCCAGCACAGAUUUCGCCACGGCGGUGAAGAAGACGGUGCAGCAGAUCUGCGACUUCCUCAAGGAGGAGUGCUUCGAGGACAAAACCCGCGUCUUCAAGACGGUCAAGGGUGGCUCGGCGGGCAAGGGCACGGCUCUGCGCAACAACUCGGACGCCGACGUGGUGAUCUUCCUCAGCUGCUUCUCCAACUAUGUGCAGCAGCGGCAGGAGCACCCCACGAUCCUUCGAUUCAUCGAGAAGAGGCUCUUGGAGUGCAGGCAGAGGCUGUCGUUCACCGUCAGCAUCAGCCCGCCCCGCUACAAGGGUCGCUCCCUCAGCCUCACGCUCUCCUCCAACGGCGAGUCCAUCGAAGUCGACGUCCUGCCCACCUACGAUGCCCUGGGCCAGGUGAUGCAGGAUGGCCCGCCGGACCCGCAGGUCUAUGUGGACCUGCUGGACGUGAACAGCAACCCUGGGGAAUUCUCCACCUGCUUCACUGAGCUGCAGAAGAAGUUCGUGAAGCGCUGCCCCGCCAAGCUGAAGAACCUGCUGCGCCUGGUCAAGCACUGGUACAAGCAGAUACUGAAGCCACAGUACCCUGGCGCAGAACUGCCCCCCAAAUACGCCCUGGAGCUGUUGACCAUCUAUACCUGGGAGCAGGGCGCAAACAGCAAUGAAGCCUUCAAACUGGCUGAGGGUUUCUGCACCGUGCUGAAGCUGCUGGGCCAGUACCGGGACAUCUGCAUCUACUGGGAGAGGUACUACUCGCUGCAGCAUCACCGGAUCGGCGCCCACCUGAAGCAGCUGCUGCGGAUGCCCUGCCCCAUCAUCCUGGAUCCUGCCGACCCCACCGGCAUCCUGGGCCAGGGCAAGCGGUGGGACCUGGUGGCUAAGGAAGCUGCCCGGUGCUGCGCUUCCAUGCGCUGCAUCACCGGCGUCCAGCCCUGGAACGUGCAGCCGGCCAAGCCCGUGACGCUGGAGGUGAGGGGGCUGCAGGGCAACAGGCUGCGCAUCACCGUCAGCCCCAGCACCACCAUCUGGCAGCUGAAGGAAGAGAUCAGCAAGAAUUGGGGCAUCCCCCCGUACCAGCAGCGCCUGUCCCAGCAGCCGGCCGGGACCCCCCUGAUCCUGCACAACGACAAGAGCCUGGCCUCCUACGGCAUCUACUACGACACCACGCUGGUGCUGCUGCGCACCGAGCCCCAGGAGAUGGAAAUCUUCGUGAAGGACAUCAAGAACCAGACCAUGACGUACUCUGUGCGGCCCACUGACACCGUCUUGCAACUGAAGAAGAAGAUCAACAGCCGCCAGGGUAUCCCCGUCGAGCAGCAGCGCCUGACCUACGACUCCAGGAACCUGGAGGACCAACACACACUGCAGCACUACAACGUCCAGCCCAAGAGCACCAUCUACCUGCUUCUGCGGCUACGGGGGGGAGCGAGGCCCCAGCACCCCGGCUGCCCGUCCUCCUGAGCACCCCCAGGCACCCCACUUUGCUGUUUUCCCCCCCCCCCCAUCAUAUCCCAUUUUAUUUCUCCUGGAAAUAAAGUAUUUUAAAGACCA